ACGGACGCUGCCAGAGUUGUCUACUACCUAGGUAUCCGUACUCCGUACUCUUUCCGUACACUGGACCCCGAAUUUCCAGCCAGAGAUCCACGAAGCCGACCUUUUGACAGACACCCUUGCUGCUGCUUGCUGGCACCAGGAGCCAGUUGAGCAACUCGCUACUUUAAUUGCUUCAGCUGUCACCCCCUCCGUGUAUUGGAUUUUACCACUGGCAAAGACCGUCUGUCUAUUUCCGCCCUAUUUUCCCUGGCGUCUUGCGAAACCGAACUACAUAUUAUCUUAACUGUCAAAAAUCGACCGUCACCAGCUUGCAACCGAACUUUCGGUCUUAAGCCGCCGGCUGCCUGGACCCCCUGGACCGACUUCGAAAAGUCGAAAGGUCCAGACUCAAUCACCCAGCCCCGUCUUUUGCGACUGCGAAAAUCUGCCCCGCCGAGACGCGCCAGAACCCCUCCAUACCUCGCUCACAUUUGGUGCAUUCUUCACCUUUGCUGAACUUGCUCCCCACUCCCAAUUUGCUGGCCGAUGGGAGUGCGAUUGCGAUUUGGCUAUGACUCUUGACCGCUGAGGUGACUUCUCUUCUCGAGUAGCCUCUCGGGCCCCAAGCACCAUCAGCUAGCCACAUUGGCUUCUCACGACGAAGCAGAAGAUUUGCAAACAUGAAGGGCAAGAAGUUUCUCAGCCUGCGGGACAGGAAUGGCACGCACCGCAGAAGCAAGUCGUCAGAGCCAGGACACAAGAACCGACCACUCUCAGCCGAGGCUUUCCGAGCGCUAUUCAAGAGCGACCGGCCACCGAGCGACGACGAGGUCAGGGAGAAGGAGACGGCAAAGGUCGAAGACAUCACACGCCUCCUUGCCGAGUCCAACAUCACCGAUGUAUCUGCAGAGCACAUUCGCGACUCCCUAAACAGCAAAUUUGCCGAAGGCGAUGUCGACAAGACGGUUGAAUUUAUCCAGCUGCAAUGCAAGGCAAUGGCCGGGAAGAUCACACACUACAACCCGCAAGUCGAGAUGGUUGGCGCGGAGAAUAGGGGCAAUGUCACUUGCUAUCUUGACUCCUUACUCUUCGCCAUGUUUGCGAAGCUGGACGCCUUCGAAUGCAUGCUAAAGAACGAAUUUACCGACGAACCAAGGCGCAGACUGGUCACGCUCCUUCGCUUGUGGGUGAACAUGCUCAGAAGCGGAAAGAUGAUCCACACAGACAUGACGAAAUUGAUUCAAGAUGCACUCGCAGACUGUGGUUGGAGCGACGCCAAGCUGCUAGAACAGCAGGACACCUCCGAAGCCUUCGCGUUCGUCACCGAAACCCUCCAACUACCCCUAUUGCAACUACAAGUCGACCUCUUCCACCAUGGAAAGAAUGACAAAGACGAUCACAAGCUAGUCUACGAGCGACUAUUGAACUUGGCAGUGCCUCCCGACCCCGAAGGCAAGGGAAUCAGACUCGAGGACUGCUUAGAGGAAUAUUUCAAUACACAGGUGGAUGUGCUGAGAGACAGCCACGAAGAGAAGAAAGAGCUAGAGAGAUCACUUUCGAGCAAGGACACCGUACGGCUGGUCACUAGAGAGGACGGGCAGGAGUCGGAGGCUACAGAUACCCUGAGCGCGUCACCCCUUCCGCUGUCCCCGGUGCUUGAACGCCAGUGGACAGCCUCGCAGCCAUCAAAUGGCGCUCCUGAGUCGCCUAGUGGCCCUUCGCGACCGACUCCCAGGCACCGCUCAACUAGUGUUAUCCAGCGGGUUGUGCUGGAAGACAAGGAUCAAGCCAAAGACUCCGACACAUCAAGCAUGCUGGAAAAGGCACGGCGGACGAGCUCUACCGUGGUUAAGGCCGUGACGAUCCCCGCCUGGCAGUUUUUCAAGCUGAUUCCUUGGCAUGCUGCUGGAAACAAGGAGCCCAAGAACGACAUGGAUGUUGCCAUGAACUUCAACCAGCGACCUGUCGUCGGUAUUUGCCUCAAGCGGUAUAUGAUGACGAACUCCGGCAUUCCGCAGCGUCAGAACACGUUUAUCGACAUCCCCGACAGCUUGAGACUGCCACAGUUCAUGCUCGGGGAGGAGACACAGCUCCAAGAGGACCCCAGUGGCUUCAGCAUGGAGUACAAACUGGUGCUUCAGUCCGUAGUCUGCCAUCGUGGUGACUCGCUGUACAGCGGACACUACAUCUCAUUCGCGAGAGUCGCCCCUAAACUUCUUACCGACAACAGGCGGCACGAACUCGAUCCGCCUCCCGACUACGAAGAGGCGCAAUGGGUCAAGUUCGACGACCUGGACAUCGAGAACAGGGUAACAUAUGUGGAUGACAUCAAGCAGGCACUGAAGGACGAGAUGCCGUACCUACUGUUUUACCAGAUAGUGCCGAUGGUCGAGGUUGCGUCAACGGAGGAGACCGAGACGGAGCCGCCUUCGUACAACGAGUCCAAGGUCAGCAUCAACUUGCCGGUUACGCCCAAUCCCGUCAACGGUACCCAUUCGGGAAUGUCAUCCUCAAAGAGCGACUACUUUGAGAACACGUCUAUAUCGCCGCCCAAAGCCCCGAGCAUCCGCUUUUCGUCAGAACUGGAGAGGCCCAGCCGCAUCAGUUUUGGCGAUGACGAGCCAUACUUGGGGUUCAAAGAUUCCCGUCGUGGCAGCGUCAACUUCACGGAUUCGACACUGGGCACGCCGGCAAUCACUCCAGAAGCCGUCUCGCCUGCCGUUACACCAGGCGAGGAAACGACGGCUCAACGACUUUCUCGCGCCGCAGCCCUUUUUACAGGCAAGAACAAGAGCAGGCCUACGAGUCAGGCGGGCGAAGGGCGCAUCAGCCUCACCAUGUCUCGAAUCGGAGGACUCAUGCGGCAAAGCAAGGAGCCGCUGCGCGACCCCAACGGCAACGUGAGCAGCAACGCGCUUGCGGCCUCCAUCAGCGCCCCUGUGCCCGAUUCAGUGACCGAAGAAGAGUUUGUCGAGAACGCAGAUACGGAUCAAACUCCGGUUGCAGAUCCGGAGAGAAAGGACUCGAAAGAUUUCAAGGAGAGGCGAUCAUCAGAACACCACCACAAGCAUGGGCAUAGGCGAGGUAAAUCCAAGAACCGCUCCACGGAGAAAAAGAACAAGGGUGGGGAGGAGCCGGAGCGGGAGUGCGCGGUCAUGUAGACGCAUGUUGACGACAAAGAGGCGAACGAUGGUCAAGAGAGACGGGCCAUUGGCGUUUGGCAAGUACAUUUCAUGUUGGAUUGGCGAGAGCUUGUCUUGACCAUGGUAAAGCGAGGAGUUUGGGCGGGCUUAACUUGGAAGUCGUUCAAGUACAGGACAGAGGACUGCGCGAGAUGUCGCAGUUUGUGCGUAGCACAGGGACGGGGUGGGGGAUGGGCGUUUACGGAUUUUUUAGAC